AUGGCGUCGUCCACCAGCAGCUGGACCCUCGAGAUCACGUCGCCCGUCGCCGCGCCGCGCCUGUUCCGCGCCGCCGUGAUGGACUGGCACACCUUGGCCCCGAAGCUUGCCUCCCACGUUGUCGCCGGCGCCCACAUCGUCCAGAGCGAUGCCCACGUCGGCAGCGUCAGGCAGUUCAACUUCACCUCAGCCAUGCCGUUCGGCUUCAUGAAGGAGAGGCUCGAGAUCCUGGAUGCGGAUAAGUUCGAGUGCAAGUCGACGCUCGUCGAGGGCGGCGGCAUCGGCGUGGCCAUCGAGACGGCGGCGUCGCACAUCAAGGUGGAGCCCACGGCCGACGGCGGGAGCCUGGUGAAGGUGGACUCGACCUACAAGCUGCUGCCGGGCGUGGAGGUGAAGGGCGAGAUCGCCAAGGCCAAGGAGUCGGUCACCGCCAUCUUCAAGGCCGCCGAGGCGUUCCUCGUCGCCAAUCCGGACGCCUACAAAUGA